CUUCAACCUUCACCGCGGGCCGAUUCACUCAGUCACCUGUGCCUUCUUAGAGACAUCGACAUGGUACCACCUUCGUAACUGGCCACGAACGAACACAAACAGACGAGAAUGGAGUACUCGCCAAUGAUGGUGCUCAUGCUUUGGGCGCUGACACCAAGCGAAGCCACGAGCGAAGGAGGAAUUUCAGCACGUGUCCAAGAGUUACCUCAGCCUUUGAUGUCCGUCCAGUCGUUCACGUUCAACAACGGAAAACCGUUUUUGGCAGAAAGAGACCCUCUAACGGGAGCGCUCGACCUGCGGACGACCCCAGUCGCAAAAGGAGCCGAUUACCUCUACGAAGAGUUCGACGAGUCUGGAGAGACCAUAGACAGAAAAGACGGCGUAUCGAGUCAGAACAUCAUAACACCUUUUACCAACUCGAAAGAGUCCGAGUUGCAUAAAUUCCUAAACUUGCCAGUCCAUUAUUCCAGCUCAGGGAAGUACCCUCUUGUCUCGAGUUCUUACGCUAAUACAAAAAUACAAGGGCAUGCGAGCAAUCACAGACUAUCGACUACUUCGACCGCUCAGACUCCUUCGACAGUACCUCCUUCUUACUAUACUCACAAAACCACUUUACAAACGACCCCUCGACCUUCUACUUCUUCGACGACCGUGAGCACCACGACAUCUAAAACGACCACGACGACCACACCCCCUCCUUUGUACGAAUACGAAUACGACUACGACUAUUCGGAUAGCAAGUCGAAAGGAGACUAUGAAUUUUUAGGCGUUUCGUCCGAAGUCGGCAAUGGGACUAACAAGAACGGUUCAGAGAUCGAUGUGCCCACGCCAUUCACGGAUAAGCCGUCUAAGGUCGAAACGUCCACGACAAACGAGGAAGAUUAUAAAGAGCCGUACGAAUCCAACGAUAGCAUCUUUGAAAACAUUUUGAGCUUUGUAAAAAGCCCGGAAGUGACUCCUAACCGGGGAGCGAUUAAAUACCAUACGUCCAGUACUACAAAUGCACCAUUCCGACCAACGCCAGUACAAACAACUGCGGACAAUCGGCUGACGACAAGGAUCACAACCCUUUUGCAGACAGUCAAAACCACUUCUACAACCACGACCCCCUCGACGACAGUACGGACCAACUAUCCCAAAGAAGGCAUUUCUACUUUAAAACCAAGCGUAGAGGAUUAUAAUCGUGAAAACGUUAAACCGACGACUGAUUCACCUCGAGUAACUUUAAGCACUGAAAAAAUAUCAAUUGUAAGACCUACUGAUAGUUCUCAACCUGAACAACCAUCAGACAAACAAAAAGUCAAUGAUACCAACGCUCAUACUUAUUAUACAGGUUAUCGGCCCGAUUUACAACCACCUUACCCGACUUACGAAAGUACGACAACUCACAAACCAACGAAAGCACCAGCUACAGAAAAAAUCCCGUCUAAACACGAUGUGGCCGAAUCGGGAAUCGAAAAUCAAAGUCCUACUAAGCCACAAGGGGAUGAUUUGAAGUCAUCAGAAACACUGAGUCAUCCAAAACCGGUUGGAGUCGACGAUUUUGUCAAACCGACUGGAAAUCAAAAUCCGUUGAAACCACCUUUCCAGAUUUCUUUUAAACCGCCUGGCCUUCCGAACCCCGUGAAACCGCCUUUCGAGAUACCCUUCAAACCACCGGGCAUCCCGAACCCUAUUAAACCACCUUUUGAAAAUCCCUUGAAACCACCGAAUAUUCCCAACCCUAUUAAACCACCUUUUGAAAAUCCAUUGAAACCACCGAAUAUUCCCAACCCCAUUAAACCUCCAUUUGACGGUUCCUUGAAACCGCCAGGGAUUCCUAACCCUGUAAGGCCUUUCGAAAACCAACCCGGUGUUACACAUGAAAAACCUUCGGACAAUGACAAUCCCCUAUCAGUCCCUCAACUUUUCCAUCUAAGACCGCCUGUGCGUCCACCUCUGCGUCCGCAUCCAGAACCGUCGAACGUAAGGCCGCAGCAGUACCCUAAUGGGUAUCAACAUAAUGUCCCUUCUAAUGUUCAUCAUUCAGAACAGCAGGAGCAUUUAAAUAAGAGACCUCCGUCCGGACCGCAUCACUACCUCCAGAGACCACCUCAAGAUGUAAAACCACACCGACUAAAUCAAGAAUCGGCUAAUUCUAGGCCACAUCCUAAUAUCUACCCGCCUAUACCAAAUCAACAAUAUAAUGGUCCGUCUAAUGUCCCACAACAAGGAGCACAAGAGACACAGUAUCAACUACACCCAAGACCUCAAGACGGAAAACCGGCUAACAAUAAACUUUAUUUGAACGCGCAUCAUCCUGUCAGACCUAACCAAGGUGUGACGUUCCCUCAAAAACCAUUGCCCUACCCACAUUUACCACCGUGGCAAUCAGAACCAGACAGGCCGUACCCCAACCCCACAAGAAAUCAAGAAAACGAUGGAAAUGGUUGGCCAGCCAGACCUGCUCUGCAUAACAUCAAACCCACGAAACCCCCGUACAGCUUCUUCGCCAGCAAACCUCAAGAAAAAGAUCAUAACAAGAAAGUUGCGGAAUCAACAGCCCAGGCUGUAGGCAGUGUAGAAGCGGUAAGUGUAGGAGAUCAAUCUCAGCCCACGAAAGCUCAAUCCCACUUUAUCAAAAUCUCUCCAGGACAAGAGAAUCCUAGCUAUUCGUUACAGACGUCCUUUUCCAUAGGCGUUCUGCCUUCAUCAGAUGGGAACGUCGGACAAGUGCAAUUCCCUCAAGAAGAGCAUGUCAAGAAAUUACCAAGGCCACAAUGGGAUCACCAGCAAAAGCACCCCAAACCUCCUAGCAAUCUUCCGAACAUCCUUCCACAAUUCAGACCCAACGCGAAAAUAGGGCAUGCUGAGCCUCAUGUGCAUUUCGUAAGAGAACCGUUGGAUACUCUCCAGCCUCCUCCACUACCUAAGCCGGAGUUCUUGCGCGCCGAAGAACCUUCAGUGCAUAGGAGAAACGGACAAAGCAACCAUGUGACAACAUUACAAAUGAUGCCCAACCCACCACGAGGCGUCCUGAGAGCGGAAGACAAAGAAGAGCCUGUUUUUGUGGUAUACCCGAGCAACGGAGGAGAAGGCGUAGUCGUUGGAACGAGAGGGCCUCAAAGGCCUCUUCCUCCCGACAAUCUCAACCUGAACGACCAGCUAGACUCCUUCCCAUUAGAGAGUGAAGGGUUCAAAUCCAGAAUCGACACACCCAUUCUUAAAAGCAAACCAAAUAAGCCUCCCGUCAAAAAUGAUUUUCCUUAUCCACUCGUAAAACCGUUGCCUGUGGAAGAAGAGAGCGUGAGCACCAAAUCUCCUCCUGCAAAGGAAUAUUCAGCAUUCAGCCCAACUGUGUCUACAGUGGAGAAAGAUAUAGCAGAAAUCAAUGUUAUUCCAUAUUUACAAGACUACAUGCCUUUUGCUACAAAGAAACCGCUACCGAAAGAACCCCAAUGGCCCGUCGGAUCGGAAAACAAACCGAUUUCGGUCACUUUGAACACAAAAACCACAGUGGUGACCGCUUCUCCGGCGACAAAUCACAAACCUCAGGAUUCUCGACCUACGCCUUUGGAUUUUCAAGCCCCUUUUCAAGCUUCUCUCACUGCCCCCAACAGGGGUUGGAGCGUAGUACAAAAGGGAACUGAGAACGAAAUCUCAACCGCUCAACAAACCACGACCCCUGCUCAAGAGACGACCGAAGAACAACCCUUCGACGCUCAAAAUUUCAAGCCUCAGUUGUUCGGGGGGUUCAAGCCAAUUUUACCACCUGGUCCAGUUGAAAAAGUAGAGUAAUACCGCUGAAUACCAAAAAAGUUUUUAAAACAAACGGAAAACGAGAAUUCCUUUUAAAAAAAAUAUGCGCUAAUUAUUUUUCUCUUUACUAUCGCUUUGAUUAUGCAUUCUAAGUAAAUGAUUGGUUAUGAAAAAAAAGUUUUUAUUUAAUUUAUUUUUAAUAGGAAUGGCUUAACCGCCUCGUUUGUAUCAUAACUUUGGAAAUGGUGUUGGGGAUUAAACGAUUAUUAUUUUACAGAUGAGUUGCAAAUGAAAGCAAUAGUGAGAGAAAAUACUGUAAAUAGGACACGGAACAUUAAUUUAUUUCUUUUAAUUAUAAGGUUUUGCACUUUAAAAAAAUAUAUAUAUUUAAAAUUUAUUAUAUUAUAGUGGAAUUAGGUAAGAAAAGUGUACAAAUGUUGAGUCUUCUCAUAUUUGUUGUAACUCACAAUGUAAAUACUGUAUGAAAGUAUAGUUAAAUAAUUGUUAAGGUUGUAGCUAAUGAAGACUAGUUAAUGGAAAGACUUAUUUUUAAUGAAUCAGAUAAAUCAAAUUAAAUUGAUAUGAGUAAGCCAGAUGCUGGCUAAUCCGAAGUCGAUAUUUCGCACUUUAUUUAUCUUAAAUUUGUCUAUUUUAAAAAUAAGUUUACUCAUUAAAACAAUUGUUAAUUUGUGUAAAUAGCUAGUCAAUUGUCUUUCAUGAAAAGACAUACAAACUAAUCAGCUACAUUCAACUGCCUUUAGGAUUAAUUUUUGUACUUUUUCUUUUAA